AUAUAUUUGUUAAUUUCCUCUUAAAUACGUCGCAUCCAAUCAAGUAAAGGGGCGGCUCUACAUUUACCGGUAAAGGAAGAUCUGCCAUUUAAGAGAGUGUAUUACUCGUCCAGAACGACUACAGUGGACGUUAAGGGGCUUGAAGGGACCACGAAGUAUUCGCCUGCACAGAUAUUCUCGCAGACCAUCAUUUAAAGGUGAAGUAUGGCAGACAUUCCGCCACUUAUAGGGUACACAAACGAUAACAGCACAAGCCUGUUCCGGCCUUGUUCAACUUCACUGGGAGCGGACAAUAUUUUCCCACCACUGGCAUGUGGCGAUAACACCCGAUGUGUACGGAACCCGCUGCUGUUUCCGAUAAUAGUCGGCUCUUACCAGGCGUGUCUCUGCCCGCUCACGGCGGUGCCAUUGCCGGACGGAAGGUGCCAGAGCAUUCAAGGAUUGGCCUGCCAAAAUGACCAAGACUGCAAUACGAAGACAUUUGACUGUAUUGGUAUAAACAGUCUAGGAUUGCCGACUGCUUUUACUGAAUUCUUUACGCCUAUCGUGUUGUUUCUGUGUCAACUGACGGUGGAAUACAACUUCGAAGUGCCUAUAUGGGCAUGCGUAGAGGACACGUGCAACCUCGUGGGAACUGGAACGUUGCCGAUUACGCCUGGUUUUGUGGUGCCACCAGGAAGACGAAAACGGGAAGUAUCCAAAUUAUAUGGAGCAACUGAGGAAGAUCAGGGAACUCGGAUGAUGGCACAUCCGUCUAGAAAAAGUAAGGGCGAAACGGGAAGUUCCAUGGGACCGGAAUUUCUGUCCAUGGGUGAAGCUAGAUCAAGGGGGAGACGCGCGCCCGCAACUGUGGCUUGUUCGCCAUUUCUCCUUGCAUGGGUCAAUGUAUUAAACAUAUUCGCCUUCGGAAAUCAGGCGACUCCGCUGAAUUUUAUCUGUGCGCCUCCGUGUGUACCAACAAAAGGUUCACCUUGUUAGGAAUUUUUUUCCUGGAAGUUUUAUUAAAAUUUUGUUUUGUCAGCAUUAAAUAGUAACUGAAGUUGCCUUCUUUGUCAAGCAAGUUUGGACAUAUUUUUGUCAUUUAAACUUCGUACCAGUGGAUGCAUAACGCUUUGACUUAAACACCGCAGUUGAAUAAUUGCUAAUCAUGAGAUAGUAAGACUGACAUUUAGUGGUUUAUAACUAUCAUUACUAUGGUAAGGGAUUCAUUACGGAAAAUGAUUAGGAGUCUUUACAUGCUCU